CUUUUCAGUUCGGGAAAAUGCCUUGCUGGCGCAGUUUCAUAGCAUUGAUCUGUCUCACGAUCAUAGUUGUUAUUAUAGCCAUUUGCCAAUCUUUUCAUACGAAUUUUCUAACAGUGGGCCGCAAUGGAACUUUAAGAUAUGAGCCCACUAAGUUGAAUCUUGGUCAGAUGCGAAGGAUCGCCGGACUCUCCGAUCCUGAAAAUCUGCGCAAGAAUGUGCAAAGGAUUGCGAUUAAGAGGGCAGUAGGCACACCGGGACAUUCUGAAGUGAGAAACUACAUAGUGGAUUACCUGAAGAAACUGAACUGGAACGUAGAGCUAGAUAUUUUCACGCAGAAAGUGCCUAUUAUGAGUAACGUAACCUUUCAUAAUAUUGUGGCUCGUCGGAAUCCUCAAGCUAAAAGAUACCUAAUGUUUGGUUGCCACUAUGACAGCAAGUAUUUCAAGGAUUUCGAUUUUAUGGCCGCCACGGAUUCAGCAGUUCCCUGUGCACUAAUGUUAAAUAUGGCUACAAUUUUGAGAAACCACUUGCUUCGCUCCGAGAUCAGUUUAAUGCUGGUCUUCUUCGACGGUGAGGAGGCAUUUGGAGAAUGGUCGCAGGAGGAUUCGCUAUAUGGCUCCAGACACUUGGCGGAGCUGUGGGAGAAGCACGGUUUCCUUGACAAGAUAGACCUCUUCGUGCUGCCGGAUCUAAUUGGAGCCAAGGAUGUGGUCUUCAAGAAAAACAUUCUCGAUACUUCAGGCUGGUUCCGCCGACUUGUCCAGCUGGAGCAGAAGCUAUUCCAGGCGGGCAUUCUGCGCUUGCAACGUCCACUCUUCAAGUUUGAGCCUGGUGUUGAUGUAGCUGAUGACCACCUGCCUUUCACGAGGCUCAACGUUCCGGUCAUACAUCUAAUAUCCAAUAGAUAUCCAGCAGUUUGGCAUCAAGCCGAGGAUGUGGAGAGGAACGUGGAUUAUAAUACAACGGAGCAAGUGGGUCUAGUUCUGCGAAUGUUUGUAAUGGAAUACCUAAAUUCAGCACCAUCUAUAUCCAAUACUGUUAACCAGUAACAAUAAAUAGAUGUCUUUAAAUACCUA